UCGAGCGGGUCGAAUGCCUAAAUGCCCAAAAUCGAGCACACAUCAUCGGAAGCUCAUGAAGGAGAUGCCACUUGUUUGGCCUAUCAUGAUCAAUUUUUAUUUUCCGGCGGAGCUGAUGGCAAAAUUAGAAUUUGGUCGGAAUCACUGCAGUUGCUGAGCACGGUUGAUGCCCAUAAUCGCUCCUAUAUCUAUUGCAUGGCCGUCAAUGAUCAGGGCAAACUUUAUUCAAGCAGUUGCGAUGGUCAGGUCAAGUUCAUGACGGCCCCAUAUGACGAUGGUUCAGUGCAGGAUCUCUUUCGCUGCGACGAUGCCAUCCAGGCCAUGUACUGCGACGGUUCUGUCUUAUACACAGGAGAUGACAAGGGUGUGGUAACCACUUGGACAAAUGAUCGCAUGCUUUUCAAGUACAAUCUGGUGGAGGAGGUGAAAUCUUUGGCUGGCGAGAAAAAACUUAUUUAUACAGUGCGGGAUCUGGACGUGGUGGUCUCCCAGGUCGUGGGGGGGAAAUCCGGCAAAUAUAGCAACAAGGCGGUGCUGCCGGGUAAAUCACCUCUCCUACUCUUGGGUCCGCUGAUCGAUGGCAAGCGCAGCUAUCUAGCUUUUGCUGAUCGCACAGGCAUGGGCCUCCAGUUGGUUAACAAUCUGCCGCAAGAAAAGUUUGUCCAUAUAUGGAUCAUGCCGCAAUGCCAUGACAUGAUUGUUAAUAGCAUUUGCGGUGAUGAGAAAUAUCUUUACUCCGGUGGCUAUGACAAAAAGGUCAAAGGCUGGUCCGAUCUCGCCUCUUCCCAACCCCGUUCCCUAGGUGAAGUGGAAGUAGGCAGUUGUGUAAACUGCAUAUGCUGUGGCAAAAACAAUCUGGUGUAUAUAGCCUCCAGCGACGGAUUUGUGCGAGCAGUUAAAUUUAUUUAAUUUUACGCGCCAAUGUAGUUGGGCAUUGCCAAAAUCUGAUUAAGAUCUGCUUUCCUUUAAAUAUAACGGUUUGCUGCCUAAU